AUGUCUCUGUGGGGUCUGGUCUCCAAAAUGCCCCCAGAAAAACUGCAGCGGCUCUAUGUUGACUUCCCUCAACACCUGCGGCAUCUCCUGGGUGACUGGCUGGAGAACCAGCCCUGGGAAUUCCUUGUCGGCUCAGACGCCUUCUGCUGCAACAUGGCCAGCGCCCUACUUUCUGCCACUGUCCAGCGUCUUCAGGCCUCAGCUGGAGAACAGGGGGAGGGGAGCACCAUCCUGCAACACAUCAGCACCCUGGAGAGCAUAUAUCAGAGGGACCCCCUGAAGCUGGUGGCCACUUUCAGACACAUACUUCAAGGGGAAAAAAAAGCCAUUAUGGAACAGUUCCACCACCUGCCAAUGCCCUUCCACUGGAAGCAAGAGGAACUCAAGUUUAACACAGUCCUGCGGAGGCUGCAGCACCGAGUGGGGGAAACCUGCCUUCUCCGCAAAGCCCUGCAGCCUGGGGCUGAGGGAGGCCAAGUGUCUUUGCACAGCCUGAUAGAAACUCCUGCCAACGGGACCGGGCCAAGUGAGGCCCUCGCCACGUUCCUGCAGGAGACUGUCGGGGAGCUGGAGGCUGCCCAGGCCCUGGUGCUUAAGAGGAUCCAGAUUUGGAAACGGCAGCAACAGCUGGCAGGGAAUGGCGCACCCUUUGAGGAGAGCCUGGCCCGACUACAGGAGAGGUGUGAGAGCCUGGUGGACAUUUACUCCCAGCUGCAGCAGGAGGUGGGGGCGGCUGGUGGGGAGCUUGAGCCCAAGACCCGGGCAGCGCUGAUUAGCCGGCUGGAUGAAGUCCUGCGAACCCUCAUCACCAGCUCUUUCCUGGUGGAAAAGCAGCCCCCCCAGGUUCUGAAGACUCAGACCAAGUUCCAGGCCGGGGUUCGAUUCCUGCUGGGCCUGCGGUUCCUGGCGGCCCCAGCCAAGCCUCUGAUGGUCAGGGCCGACAUGGUAACCGAGAAGCAGGCGAGGGAGCUGAGCAUGCCCCAGGGGCCCGGGGCUGGAGUAGAAAGCACUGGGGAAAUCGUUAACAACACCGUGCCCCUGGAGAACAGCAUUCCCGGGAAUUGCUGCUCUGCCCUGUUCAAGAACCUGCUUCUGAAGAAAAUCAAGCGGUGCGAACGGAAGGGCACAGAGUCCGUCACCGAGGAGAAGUGCGCCGUGCUCUUUUCUACCAGCUUCACGCUCAGCCCCAACAAACUCCCUAUCCAGCUCCAGGCCCUGUCUCUGCCCUUGGUGGUCAUCGUCCACGGCAACCAAGACAACAAUGCCAAAGCCACCAUUCUGUGGGACAACGCCUUCUCUGAGAUGGACCGUGUGCCCUUUGUGGUGGCUGAGCGGGUGCCCUGGGAGAAGAUGUGUGAAACUCUUAACCUCAAGUUCAUGGCUGAGGUGGGGACCAACCGGGGGUUACUCCCAGAGCACUUCCUCUUCCUGGCCCAGAAGAUCUUCACUGACAACAGCCUCAGCAUGGAGGCCUUCCAGCGCCGUUCUGUGUCCUGGUCACAGUUCAACAAGGAGAUCCUGCUGGGUCGUGGCUUCACCUUUUGGCAGUGGUUUGAUGGCGUCCUGGACCUCACCAAACGCUGCCUCCGGAGCUACUGGUCAGAUCGGUUGAUCAUUGGCUUCAUCAGCAAACAGUAUGUCACUAGCCUUCUUCUCAACGAGCCUGAUGGAACAUUCCUCCUUCGGUUCAGUGACUCAGAGAUUGGGGGCAUCACCAUUGCCCAUGUCAUCCGGGGCCAGGAUGGCUCCCCACAGAUAGAGAACAUCCAGCCAUUCUCUGCCAAAGACCUGUCCAUUCGCUCACUUGGUGACCGAAUCCGGGACCUCGCUCAGCUCAAAAACCUCUACCCCAAGAAACCCAAGGACGAGGCUUUCCGGAGCCACUACAAGCCUGAGCAGAUGGGUAAGGAUGACAGGGGUUAUGUCCCAGCUACAAUCAAGAUGACUGUGGAAAGGGACCAGCCACUUACCACCCCUGAGCCCCAAACGCCUACCAUGAUGCCCUCUUAUGAUCUUGGAAUGGUCCCUGACUGCUCCAUGAACAUGCAGCUCGGCCCAGAUAUGGCGUCCCAGGUGUUCCCACCACGCUCUCACUCCAUCCCCUCAUAUCCAACACUUCCCCGGAAAGAAUCGGUCAAUGUGCUGCCAGCCUUCCAGGAACCUCACCUGCAGAUGCCACCCAACCUGAGUCAGAUGAGCCUGCCCUUUGACCAACCUCACCCGCAGGGCCUGCUGCCGUGCCAGCCUCAGGAGCAUGCCGUGUCCAGCCCCGAGCCCUUGCUCUGCUCAGAUGUGACCAUGGCGGAAGACAGCUGCCUGAGGCAGCCGGUGGGAGGGUUCCCUCAAGGCACCUGGGUCCGUGAAGACAUGCUCCCGCCCUUGCUGCCUCCCACUGAACAGGACCUCACCAAGCUUCUCUUGGAGGGGCAAGGAGAGUCAGAGGGAGGGUCCUUGGGAGCCCAACCCCUCCUGCAGCCCUCCUGCUAUGGGCAGUCUGGGAUCUCAAUGUCCCACCUGGACCUAAGGGCUAACCCCACUUGGUGA